GUGGAGAAAAUAGUCCAAAAAACAUGAAAAUAAUAUUAACAAAAAGAUUAAAAAAAAGAAGAAAAAAAUUGUUGUGAUGACUGUGCAUAUACAUAUACAUAUGCACAUACAUAGCCACCAUAAACCUCAUACAGACACAUACCAAUCACACUCUUACAUAUGAUGAUCCAAUAAGAUAUGGUUAGGGGAGUUUGGUAAGAAGACAAUUAUCAUGAAUCAGAAGUAUAUCAUCCAGUUGGGAAGUAGGCAGCCAAUUAUAUUGCAGAAUGGCUUCAACUGUUAAUCACAAGUUUGGUCUCACUUAACCUUCUCCUACUCUUCACCGUCAUUCUUUUGGGUCUCCCUCCAUAUUAUAUUUCCCUCUUAUCUCAUUACUUAAACUCUCCGAGAUCCUUUUUUUCUUCUCGAAUCAUAUCACAGGAUGGCUGGAGGAACAGCCCUGAAUCCGACCUCUGUUGGGUCUAAGCCAGCUCCUGUCAGAAGCCAGGAACCCGAGAGAGUGACCAAUAACUCGAAGAUGGUCCAACCGGUUUCAGCCGUCGAGGGAGAGAUGGGUAAGCGGCCGAGAGGAAGGCCUGCUGGCUCCAAGAACAAGCCAAAGCCUCCUAUCAUCGUGACCCACGACAGUCCAAACGCUCUCAGAGCUCACGCUAUGGAGAUCGGUUCGGGCUGUGAUGUCUGUGAGACAUUAGCCGACUUUGCAAGAAGGAAGCAGAGAGGUCUCUGCAUUCUCAGCGCCAAUGGCUGUGUCACGGAUGUCACGCUUAGACAGCCGGCUUCCUCGGGGGCCAUUGUGACGUUGCACGGCCGUUUUGAGAUUCUUUCUUUGCUUGGAUCCAUCCUGCCUCCACCAGCACCCAUCACCGGUCUGACCAUUUACUUAGCCGGGCCUCAAGGACAGGUCGUGGGGGGAGGAGUGGUCGGUGGGCUUAUCGCUUCUGGACCUGUUGUCCUCAUGGCUGCAUCCUUUAUGAACGCUGUUUUCGAUCGUCUUCCACUGGACAAUGAUGAUGAAGCUGCUGCUGCUGCUGCUGCAAUGCAGAAUCAGCAUUAUUAUCAGAACAGCAGAUCCCGCCCCUCGGAUGACAUGUAUGGACUGCCUCAGAAUCUGCUCACAAAUGGAAAUGGACCUUCUGAUGUUUACGCUUGGGCGCCUCCUCGAGCUAUGUCAAAACCUUAGUUCUCCCUCUAAUACCCUGUUUUAUCACACACAGCUUGUCCCCUUUAGCUUGUUUUUUUACUACUUCGGAUCGAGUUCAAUGUUUCUGUAGGUAGAACCUCGAGUCUAGUAGAACCGCAUCUCAUCUUCACUGUACCUGUACCUGUACCUACAAAACCGAAAAGAUGGGAAAGAUCACACGUGUGCACCUUUAACAUUA